AUGGACCUACAUGAUUUGCCUAUUGAAGAAAAAGAUGAAAACGAAAAGGUAACUGAAGACAACAUUUUCCUGAUGCUCGACUUUGAUGAAAUCAGCGACAAACUUAAGGUGAGCAUCGCGUUUUCGGAGAAGGGACCUCUUCAGACUGUCACUGAACGUAAUGAACAAACGGAUUUAAUUCAGGUGAGCCCACUGAACUUUCCCUUACCUGUAACUAUGCCCAAAACUACAUCAAUGAAAUUACCAAAAUUUUCUCUUCCUACUUUCAAUGGUAAUAUUUUGAAAUGGCAAACUACUGUGUCGCAGCACAAAAACAUUGAAGCUCCAAGACAAGCUACUGUGUCGCAGCACAAAAGCAUAGGAGCUCCAAGUCAAACUACUGUGUCGCAGCACAAAAACUUUGAAGUUCCAAACCAAACUACUGUGUCGCAGCCCAAAAUCAAUGAAGCUCCAAGUCGAACUACUGUGUCACAGCACAAAAACUUUGAAACUUCAAACCAAACUACUGUGUCACAACACAAAAACCUUAAAGCUCCAAUCCAAACUACUGUGCCACAGCCCAAAAUCUUUGAAGCUCCAAGCCAAACUACUGUGUCGCAGCCCAAAAACUUUGAAGCUUCUAGCCAAACUACUGUGUCGCUUCCCAAAAACUUUGAAGCUCCAAUCCAAACUACUGUGUCGCAUCACAAGAACAUUGAAGCUCCAAUCCAUUCUACUGCGUCGCAUCACAAGAACAUUGAAGCUCCAAGCCAAACUACUGUGUCGCAUCCCAAAAUCUUUGAAGCUCCAAGCCAAACUACUGUGUCGCAUCACAAGAACAUUGAAGCUCCAAGCCAAACCACUGGUUUGGAGCUAAAGAACAACAAAGAGAGCAUGAAGGUUAUCACCCCUUUAAAAAGCAUGAAUCGCCAAACUCAAACUUCAUUUCUAAGUACACUAACGAAAAAAAAUGCUAAGAAGAAAAGUAAGACUUAA